UCUCAAAUACUUUAAAUCUGCUUCGGGAGUAAAAGAGAGACCAGAGUUCGGAGACGGGAAGUACAUAUUGCGAUUGCGAUUAGCAGGCAGGGUUUUGCUUUGCAUAUUGCGGGAGAAGAAAAGCUGCGUAGACGACGAUGGCGGACGAGGACUACAACGAAAUGGAUAUGGGGUAUGAAGAUGAGCCAAUAGAACCUGAGGUUGAGGAAGGAGCAGAGGAGGAUGUGGAUAACAAUAACAAUGAAGACGUCCCUGAUCCUCUUAUGGCUGAAACGGAAGAGAAGGAGGAACAAGAAUCAGUUGAGCGACGAAGAAAGACAUCAAAAUAUAUGACUAAGUAUGAACGUGCUCGUAUCUUGGGUACACGUGCCCUGCAGAUCAGUAUGAAUGCACCUGUGAUGGUUGAGUUGGAGGGUGAGACUGAUCCGCUUGAGAUUGCAAUGAAAGAACUCCGAGAGCGAAAGAUACCCUUCACCAUACGACGCUACUUGCCUGAUGGAAGCUAUGAAGAUUGGGGAGUUGAUGAGCUGAUUGUGGAAGAUACCUGGAAGAGACAGGUGGGAGGUGACUGAUCGAUGCACAUGGUUUGGAACAAUAUUAAGAAACGUUCACUGACAUUGUCAAAGAGGUUUUGGUAGCCACUGUAAUUUGAGUGGCAAAGACCUGCUCUUUCUAUAGUGUGUUAAUGCCAAGCUACGAACUUGUAUACCUGUAAUUGUGUUUUAGUACUAGAGUGCGUGAAGAUGGACAUUAGAAUGGAUUGUGGAAUACAAGAACAAUGUUUACUGUAGACAGUUCUCUUGGAAAUUAAAGAAAGUCUUACCU